UCCGAAGAUGGCAUUGGCUGAUCUUAUUGCCAUGCCAAACCUUAGCCUAUAGAACACCCAACGCAAGUCAGAGGGACGGGGCCGCUAACAUCUAAUAAUCUCACAGCCAAAGUCUGCUUCGUGCUUCACCUACAAACUUGAACAGGGGCUGGAAUUCACUUGCGAUUUAUAUCCGUGACGUACAUCAAAAGGCCGCCGGCUGUAAAGCGUGCAACAAAAUCAUAUUUCACAAACAGGCUUCCAGAUUGCUUCUAAUGAAACACCUCGUAGGGUCCAGGUUGCGUUUUACGAAACGCCGCAUUGAUUUCUUGAAUAGAAAUAGCAAAUACUCUGCAGUUUAGGUCGCAUCUGUGGGAAAAGAAACAGUUCACGUUUCAAAUCCAGCAUUUUCUGCUUUUGUUUUUAGAUUUCCAACAUUUGCAGUAUUGAAAAAAUUCUUUCUUUGCCGUGGUUAUAGACGAUGUAAACCAGCAUCUGCAGUUCCUUCUCUCCAGAGAUGCUGCCUGGCCCGCUGCAUCUGUUUUGUGUCCGUCCGCAUGCAGUUUCAUUGUGUCUUCCUAAAAACGAUGUCAGUUGCAAUCGGGAAAGGAAGCAUAAGUUCCCCCUUUAAAUUGAUACAGGAAAUAAAUACAGAAGACGUCUGUCCCCAGGGACUGCAGGAAUUAUCAUAUCAGCUCCGCCUCCAUUUGACGUUUGCCAUUUGCGGAAACAGAGGCAGCAGCAGAAAUGGCGAUGAACUUCGAGGAGGACACCUCACGACGUAAAGAUACAGUAGUGGAUGACAAAGAAGCUUUAACCUGCGCCGUUUGCUUAGAAAUCUACGAAAAUCCAAUGCGCAUCGAAUGUAACCAUGUAUUUUGCAGUAGCUGCUUGUUUGCACUACAGAAGCCAAAAAAGCCAAUUUGUGCUGUAUGUCGCUUUCCUCUGAAGGGUGUAACGAGAGCUUUGGAAAUUGAGAGAAAAUUAGAAAUAACUCCUACAAGCUGCAAUGGUUGUGGAACGCAGGUUUAUAUGAAUAAGCUACGGACCCAUAACGCAACAUGUCCAAAAUAUCAAGAGUUUAUCUCUGAGGGGGUGAAAGCUUCAAUGAAGGAUCAGCAUCCCAGCCUUAGCAUGCCCAAUCGUUUUACUUUUACUUGCCCAUUCUGCAACGCAAAAAACCUGGACCAAGAUGGCUUGGUUGAGCAUUGUAUUUCAAGUCAUUCUGGAGAAUACGCAAAAAAGGUAUGCCCAAUCUGCUCCUCCAUGCCAUGGGGUGACUCAAGCUUCAGAAGUGCAGACUUGAUACAACAUUUGAAAAUUCGUCAUAAAUUUUCAUAUGAUACUUUUGUGGAUUAUAAUGUGGAUGAAGAUGAAAUGCUUCAGGAAGCCAUUGAACUUUCACUCCAAGAUAUGAGAUAUUAGGAUAUCAAUUUUUUUCUCACAUAAAAUCAACAGCUGAAGUUCAUUGUCUGAAUACUGCUACUGUAGAGGUUUUAUAUGUGCUUAAAUCUAUCCUGUGCACUUUUGACGAUUAUUUAGUUACAUAUACACCGAUAAGGAAAAACAAAGCAUCAUAAAACUAACAUACUAUGGUAAUAUUAUGAAAACAAUAUCUAUCUGAAGGUUAUUACAGCACUUUAAUCUUGAUGUUUGGUAAUGGGUAUAUUUACUUUUGAUUAAAUUCCAAUUAUACUUCCUUGUAAUUUGUAUUAAUGGACAGCUUGAAAUAGCUUUUGAAAAGAUGAAUAAAAUAUUAGUUGGAUUUCAGGUA